AUGUUGUUCGCUCGCAUCGUGCACUUUCUCACCCAGGCGUCUACGCUUCGCCGUUGCCCCCAGCCUCAACCCUGCGAGAGUCUCACUCUCCAAGCCAGCAGCAUCCCCGGCAUCGAGAUCCUCUCUCUCACCAGCCACGAAGUCCACGACUACCAGUCCCCUUACACCCAAGGCCAGAAGCUCGACUUCUGCGACGUGACGGUCACCCUCACCCACCCCAACGAAUCCGACCUGGUCCAGCUCUCCGUCUGGCUGCCCUUCUCCCCCGCGUGGAAUGGCCGCUUCCUGGCGACGGGCGGCGGCGGCCUGGCAACCGGAUACAUCGGGUACACGCAGCCCGCGGCCGUGAUCCAGGGCUACGCUGCCGCGGCCACGGAGGGCGGAUUAACGCUGAACAACACCAUUGACCCGCAGACGGGGCAGUGGGGGCUACGUCCGGACGGCACGAUCAACACCGCGCUGCUGACCAAUUACGCCCACCGCUCCGUCCACGAUCUCGCCCUGCUGGGCAAAGCCCUCACCACCGCGUUCUACGGCACCGCGCCGCGCUUCUCCUACUGGACCGGCUGCUCCACGGGCGGACGCCAGGGGUUCGUCGCCGCCGCGCUGUACCCCGAGGACUACGAUGGGAUCCUGGCCGCGAGCCCCGGCAUCGACCUGCCCGAGAUGUUCGCGUGGCUGUUCUGGCCGCCGGCGCUGAUGCUGAACGCCUCGGCCCCGCCGCCCCCGCAGUGCGUGUUCUCCAUGUUUCAGCGGAGCAUCAUCGAGGCGUGCGACGGGCUCGACGGGGCGGAGGACGGGCUGAUCUCCGGCUGGGGCCACUGUCCCUUCGACGCGAGUGUGCUGGUGAACACAACGAUUCCCUGCACGGAGACCAACACGACCAUCGCAAUCACCGAGCAGCAUGCCGGCCUCGUGCAGGCCAUCCUGGACGGCCCCGUCGACCCGGCCACCGGCGACAUUCUCUGGUACGGCCUCCCGCCCGGGGCAUCCUUCCGCGGCACCGCCGAUACCAUCACCACUCCAUUCCCGAUCAACACCACCACCACCACCGACGGGUCCCACCCCACAACAACGCGGAUCAACCCCUUCCUCCCCGCCGUCAGCUGGCUGCGCAGCUUCCUCCUCAAGAACCCCACCUACAACGUCUCCACGCUCACCAUCCCCCAGUUCUUCGACGCGGUGCACGCCUCGCGCGAGCGGUUCGGGGAUCUCCUGUCCAAAGAGCAGCUCGGGCUUGAGGGCUUCCAGCAGGCGGGCGGGAAGCUGCUGGCGUGGCACGGGCUGGCGGACGAGAUCGUGCCGCCGGCGGGGACGGUCAAGUACCGGGAGACGGUGGGGGAGGGGUUUGGCGAGCACAAUAUCGAGGUGGAGGAUUUCUUUCGACUAUUUCUGGCCCCCGGGGCCGGCCACUGUGGCGGCAAUCUGGGCGUCGGGUAUGGGCCGGUGCCUGUGGAUGCGUUGGGGGCGUUGGUGCGCUGGGUCGAGGAUGCGGUCGAGCCGGAGACGUUUCGCGAGUUGUGCUUGUGGCCGGGGGUGUUGCGUUGGGAUGGGGAGGGGGGGUUGGAUUUGGCGGGGAGUUUUGGGUGUGAGGAGUAG